UAUCCUUAUUUUUAUCUUUCAUUUAUUUUUUUUGUUAACGCAAUGGAAAAUAAAGAAAUGAAGUUAGUCUGCUCGAUAUUUUGAAAUAUAUAGGAGACACUAAAAGACCUUUAAAAGAAGGAGAGGCCUUGUUAAAGGCUGGCCACGUUGUGUUGUGUGGCAAAUAUAAUAACAAAUUAGUCUGUUUGUGUCUGCAAACGACUAAUUUAAAUGGUGCCCCACAUGAAAUCACUGUAGAUGUGUUAAGAGACGAGUGGGUGGCAAAAUGCACUUGUAAAGCCGGCCAGGGAGGAAUGUGCAAACAUGUGAUUGCAGUUUUAUUACAAGCCCAGAGACAAGAUGAACUAGAAGCACUAAGUUGUACUGAUGUAGAACAAGUUUGGGGCAGUUAUAGUGGCAGUUUUAAAAAUAAUUCCUUAGAAUAUAGUAAACCUGUACCUGUGAAGGAGUUCUGCCAUGCCGCUAAAAGGAAACGAAAUAUACAGCCUACCGGAUCACUAGAUCAAGCAUAUGAAAAAAUAUUUCAAGUUGUACAAGUUCCAGGUUCUGCCCUCAAGUUAUUUGUUGAAGGUAGAAGUUCAGGGAUAGCGACACCUGAUAAUAUACCAAGGAUAACUGAUUUUGAAGCUGCAUUGUUUAAUCAGUUUAUAUCAGUAUCCAAUGAUAUAAAACAAUUAAUGUUAUUAAGUGCUUGUGAACAAUCAGCUAUAAACUUUUACAACGAAUUUGUAAGUAUUAAACAGUGUGAAGCGGGGAGUAUUUGUAAAAAUACAAGGCAACAGACUAGCGAAAAUAAAAUGUGGAUGCAACAUUGGCAGAUAAGAAUCACAGGUACCUCUGCAUAUAAUUUAUACACAUAA